AUGCGACUAUCGCCGAACGUAAAAACGCAUACAACUCAGCCUCCAGGCUUCCUUCAAAUGGGAAAUGGCUUAGGCAAAGUCAGAGAAAAUUGUCAGAUUUGGCGAGAAAUUGGUCCACCUCCCUUCGGGACUCGAGCCUUCUGGCCUCUUGUCAAAGCUGUCCACGGGAAUUUCUGUCAGCCCUCCAUUCCACCACUGCACAGGAAGGAUGACACGACUCUGGAUGACCGAGGGAGGUCACCACCGAAUAUUUCGCGGUGCUUGUCUUCGAUGCCGGAAAUCAUAUUCUGGCAACGUGCUGUCCGCAAAGCACUAUCUUCCUCCAGUAGAGCGAGCCUGAUGGUAUCCCGUGAAACGGACGUCAAGUUUACCAAUUACCGCUCUCUUCCAGGUAACCCGAAUGAAAGAUAA